AAUUGCACCAGCGCACGCGUGCUCCGGGCUGUGGAUCCACACGCAAUCUGCUGCGUGUCGAUAUCGCAAAUGCGUAAAUGGACUCGUCGGGGAUUGAUUAACUGAUUAAUAAUCGGCAGUCGCCUUGGUAUGUUUUAUAUAUCUCGUGAAUCUCUCGCAGAGAAUUUCUAGAGGAGAAAGUCUCCAAUUAAAUUAACGCGCUGUUACACAAGAAUUUGCUCCGCAAUGCGAUUCUAAAUUGUUUAAUCAGCAACGGUACGCAAUGCCGCGGACUGAAUUAUAAAUUCUUGCGAUUUCCGAACGAAAUUCUAUCUACGGUAUAGUCUCGCACGAGUUUUCACCGCGUGGAAACGGAGUAGGUGAAUCGCCGUGACUUUUUGCUUCGAUAAACUUCAACGCUAAACUUGGCUAAACGUUUCUUCGCGGUUCUGUCGUUUGCCAUUUUCUAACUACGCAUUAUAUAUUUUUAUCUAUGUGCGGCCGUUAUCGCCGAGCGACUUGGAUGACGCUUUAUGAAUGAGCGGCUAUGGAGAAAAUAGGUGAAUGGAUGAUCGAGCGGACCCAUGGUAUACCCCUAGAGGAAAUAUAUAAAUAACCCCGUGGCGUCGACGCGUGAACGCUGACAUCCACGUGUCUCGAUAAAGCGAGCCUGUCAGGUAGGCGGCGAGGAAAAUCUUUUAUCAACGCUGGAGAGGGAGAGAAAGAGAGGGUCGGCUGGCCUCUAGCGCUGGCAUGGACGAGCGGAACGUCGAAACGAGUUAAAAACCAGAACCGCGGAACGCGCAUCCGGUUGUCGCGUGAUCUCGCCCGCCCGCGCCCCGUGGUGGAAUCAUCAUCGUCGUCGUCGUCGCCGUCAUCGUCGCGCCGCCGUCGCGUCUGUCAAAAUCGGCUCGGAGUAACUCUCGCGGCGACGGUCAGUGACGGUGGCUCUCCGCACCGCACAGGUAGAAUCAGGUAGAAUGUGAAGAGCCAAUAGGACCAGGAGGUGGAGUCGCACGCGUCGUCGAAGACACGAGGCGUCGGAGGUCGGAGGUCGAAGGUGAAAGAAGAGAAAAAAGCUCGGCCGAUCGACCAAAGGAUGCGUUCGCGUACGGGUCACGCAACCACGGCGACCGGCGUCCAUUCGUUUCACUCGCGAUAACGGCGAGGUGAAGGAGGUGGUGUAGAGGGUGACGAGAGAGGAGGAAGCGGGAGCGGCACGAGGAGUAGCAACGCCGGAGGGGAGACCAGCUGCGUCUUCGUCGUCGUUGUCGUUCUCGUCAUCGUCAUCGUCAUCGUCGACGUCGUCGUCAUCGUGCAGGCAGCAAUGGCCGCCCCCGUCGACGGGCUCGAGGAGCUCAGGACCGAGAUCGAGCGUCUGUCGCGCGAGCUCGACUUGGCCUCCACCGAGAAGAUACAGUCGGCGCAGUACGGGCUCGCGCUGCUCGAGGAGAAGUCGGCCCUGCAGCAGCGGUGCAACGACCUGGAAACGCUCUACGAGAACACGAAGCACGAGCUGGAGAUCACGCAGGAGGCGCUAGCAAAGUUCCAGACAACCACGAAAAUAACAGCGAAGAGCGGCAUCGAGCAGGAAGAGAGUCUUCUUAACGAGAGUGCUGCUCGGGAAACGUCUUUACAAUCGCAGAUCAUCGAAUUAGAAAAUGAAACGAAACAGUUGCGACAUGAGUUGGAACGGGUGGAGGCGGAGCGUGAUCACGCGCUGCAGGAGCGCGAGGAGGUCGGGAAGGAUCAUCAGCAGACGGAGAUGGAGCGCAAGUCGUUACGUGCCGAAUUACGAGAGUGCAGGAACCGCGAGACUCGCCUGCUCCAGGAUUACUCCGAGCUGGAGGACGAGAAUAUCUCAUUGCAGAAGCAGGUGUCCGGUUUGCGGUCCAGUCAGGUGGAGUUCGAGGGUGCCAAACACGAGAUUCGACGGUUGACUGAGGAGGUCGAGUUGCUGAACAGUCAAGUGGAGGAGCUGACGAACCUGAAGAAAAUAGCGGAGAAGCAGAUGGAGGAGGCGUUGGAGUCGCUGCAGGCCGAGCGCGAGGCCAAGUACGCUUUGAAGAAGGAACUGGAUCAGAGGAUUAAUAGCGAGUCGAUCUACAAUCUCAGCAAUCUGGCGCUCUCCAUCCGCGGCAUCACCGAGGAUCAGACGAUAUGCAGCGACGGCGAGGACGAUUCGCCGGCGCUGCGUAGAAUCGAGGCGGACUUGAAGACGCAGGAACCAGGCACGUCCGCGACCGACAAACAGGUUGACUUGUUCUCCGAGAUACAUCUGAACGAAUUGAAGAAACUGGAGAAGCAGCUGGAGCUCGCGGAGACCGAGAAGGCGCAUCUGACGCAAAAUCUGCGCGAGUCGCAGUACGCGGUCGAGAAGAGCCAGGCGGAAUUGCAAUCGUUCGUUGCGCGAAUAGUGCAGCUGGCAGCGCAUGUGCAAUCGCUACAUCAUCUUCACUCGAAAUUGCCUGAUAAGCAGAGCGAAGAGACGACGUUAGAUAAACUCAAUCAGGCCGUUGUGCAAUAUCAUCAGUGGAGCACCAUGUCUGCUCGCGAGAUUAAUCAGUUGCAGAAAGAUCUGUCUGAAUUGGAGAACGGUUUAACCGUGUCCGACUCCACGCAGCAGCUGAGAACGGAGCUGACGAAUCUGAGGAAUAAGAUACCCGAGUCAGAGAAGAGCCUUCGAGAAAAGCUCCUGGACACGGAACAGAGGAGCAUGCAACUCGAGUCGGACGUGUCCACUCUGUCGAAACUCACCGCGGAAGCGGGCGGUUUUCUCGAUUCUGCUCAGAACGACCUGCAGAAUCUUUCCGACGAGCUCGCGCAGCUCUAUCAUCACGUGUGCACCGUUAACGGCGAGACGCCCUCGAGAGUGGUGCUGGACCACGAGAAGUCGGAGAUCGUGCCCGAGAAGGAGGAGGAGGACGGCAAGAUGGACUGGUGCCGAACUCUGUUCAAGACCGACAUCAAGAUUAAGGAUCUGGAGAGUCUCAGCAAAGCGAAAGAAAUUGCGAAGCACAUAGAGACCGCGAUGGACCAAAUAAAGCAUCUUAGAAGCUCCGUAGAACACACGAUCGAAUUGUCUAAAGUCAAAGGAAUGCAGUCCAAUAUUUGCAACGUUUGCGAGGCUUCUGUCAAUGAGAACAAGGCGGACGUAACGGACCUUCAAGAACAAGUUAUCAGAUUAAAGGCCUUGCUGUCCGCUAAGCGAGAACAGAUCGCCACAUUGAGAACGGUGCUUAAAUCAAACAAAAACACGGCGGAGGUGGCGUUAACGAAUCUGAAGAGCAAAUACGAGAACGAGAAGAGCAUCGUUAACGAGACGAUGCUCAAGCUGAGGAAUGAGCUCAGAAUGUUGAAGGAAAACGCCGCGACUUUCUCGAGUCUGCGUGCAAUGUUCGCUGCACGCUGCGAAGAGUACGUGACGCAAGUGGACGAGCUUCAGCGGCAGCUCACCGUGGCGGAAGACGACCGGAAGACGCUGAAUCAGCUGCUGCGCCUGGCGGUGCAGCAGAAGCUCGGUCUCACCAUGAAGCUGGAGGAGCUCGAGGUCGACCGGGAGCUGCGCAACACCAGGCGACACGCCGCCGGCGCGAACGGGCGCGGUAGGCCGCGGCUGUCGCAACAGACGAACCGUCCCCACUUAGGCAGAGAUUUCUUCUAGAAAAUGAUGAAGAUGUGGAGUAAAAUAUUCUGAGAGAAGCGAGGAUUUUGAGAACCUUUUCGAAUUUUUCUACUGCUCGUCGCCAGGCCUCGCGUUUCGCGGGUCUGGAGGACUCUAAUGAGUAUACAAUUGACUUCUUCGUUAGAGAGAGAACGUCCGCAGUCUCGUUAUCCGUAAUAAUCGUUUCGUCGCGUCGAAAUUUCCGCGACGCGGUAUUUUUACAAAGGGAUGGACGGAUACGCGUGAAUGCUUGAGAAAAUGAAAAAAAAAAAACGGAAAAGAAGGGAAAAAAGAGAAAGGAACGAUGACGCCGUCCUCAUUGAUACGGGGGAGAAUCGCGCUCGGUGAACGGGGGAGUAAGGGCUGCGUUUUGAAGGGCUUCGAAAUGUUCAGUUUUUCACACACCCCAUGGAUUUUGCUCCAUAUCAUAGAGUCUCUUCGGGGAGCCUCUGCCUUGUGUUACCACUAUUGUUAGUAGAGGAAUUUAGGAUACAAACGCGAGUGUAGGAUACAACACUUUCGUUGACGGCGCCUCCGCUGUUUCGCGGAGUUCGCUACGCGCGUGUUUCAACGCGAAAUUAUACGUUCCGCGACGAUGCGCGUAUAGCCGUGUCAAACUGUUAAGUGCAUUAAAUCAGCGCGAGCGUUCCAUCGAAUAUAUUCUCGGUCGUUUUUAUUGUACGGAGGAAACGCGCUCUACGUUUCAUUGACGGAUCGAUUCGUCGAGCUCUAUUACCGCUUUAGCACGCUUAUUUAUUAACGCUUUACGUAUUCUAAACGAUUCAAGGGAUAUUCCGUUGAUGGUCCGUAAUGUAGUAUAAUAUAAUCGUCUCCGGAACGUUUCGUCGGACAAAAAAGCUUACGUUGAAAAGGGAGAACGCACGGCGGUAAAAGAACGUAUAUACCGUUUGCAGGUAGUGAAAGACGGAGGAAUUUUACAUCACGUAAACCAUAGAGACAAUAUUUAAGUAUCGCGCGUGGACCGGUAGCAUUUAUAAUCAAAGUAGUGAGAUGGAAUGUCGUAGGCAAGUAGACUUGAAAAAUUUUAAACGGUAGCCGAGUAAAAUAGUCACGAUAUAGGGACCCAUCUUCCAAGUAGUACCACCUCAGGUCACCCGCCAUCCGGAUGCAUCAAUUAGUCCACCCAUAUGCUCACUUAUUUUAUUUUAAAGAUUUCUUUUUACCCGUGAGAAACCGUUUUUCGAUCCCAAACGCAGGAAUAUUUUAAUACGCUGAAAAAUGGAACGACUCGUACUUUGUAUCUCGAAGAGAAUACAGUAUUAUAGAGGAUUAUAUACGAGAUACUAAGAUAUGAAGAAUGCUAUUUAUUUCGAUGUUGGAAAAAGGAAUUUUAUAAUUCUAGGCAGCAUAUCUUCCUCUUCGAGCCGCGGAGUCGGUUGUUCCAGUUCUCACGGUAUCCAACGCUUAUAUUUCUCAUCAUCGGAGAUCGGUACACGUUUUCUCGUUGUUAACUGUGAAACUCGCAACGCGCGAUAUCAUGUUCUUUCGCGAUUUUGUUGUAGAAACGGCCUAAACGGGCUCUAGAUCAUUUUUACGUUGACUUCUUGGCAGCUUGUUGAAACCUACACACCUAUUGUUCAUUAGAAGUUAACUAUUAUAUUGAAUUACUGUAUUAGCUGCAGCUAUUCGAUGCAGGUUUUUUAUCACCUUGUUAAGUUAUGUUUAUUUAUAUUUUUAUGUAUAUGUUUUCUAUUGUGGCAAAACGCUUCGCAAGGCAAUUUCUAACACUUGACGCAUAAUCGUCGCUGAUCUCGUUCGACGGGAUUAGCGAAAAGGUUCUUUGGUUUAACAAAGGGGCGCGCGGCAAGAGCUCUAAUUACGGUUUUAUUGAUUACCGCUAUCUUGUACUACUUUUGUAGGAGUGUAAUUAUCGUGAUAAGUGUACUCACAAUUAGUGCAUCUCGCAGGAUGCUCUUUUACUCUGAUGUUCUGCAGAUACGUCGCGCAUCACGCACAUAUAUAUUUCUCUAGUGAUAUAUAAUAACUUAUAGAUUGUGCAAAAUAAAUCAUUCCAAAUAAAAUGAUCAUGUAACUGUUCAAAGUUUCGAGGAAGUAUUAAUCGUGUUAGUAUUUUAUGAAUAUUGUUAUCAUUAUUAUCAUGCUGUGAUGUGCGCGCGAUUAAAAAAAAAACGUAAUAGAGCGUCCUGCAAAUAAAUUUUUAUAUGUAUACAACAUAAAUGAUCAUGGAUUGUGUUAAUCAAAUUUGUUAUCGCGGCUAUUGCUAUUGUCUUUAUUAUCAUUGCUAUUAUUAUCGAUAUUAUUGCAAUUGUAUAUUUAUUAUUGUAACUAUUGCCUGUAUAUCGGCUUCGUCGCGGUAAGACAAAUACCUAAAGAGAAUUUAUCGAUCGUUCAUCGACUAUCAAUCGAUUGGUCAGUUGUCGCUAUUAUAUUAUAUCUAUAUUUUGUAAUUAUUGCGUCACCUGUGUCUACGACGCGCGUCGCGAACGGAGGCAUAUAUUUCCCGUUUUAUACAAUUCAACGUCGAUCAUAUUCUGUCCGUAUUCGGAAUAAAGCAUUUUUCUCAGAUUUUUAUAUUUAUUUGCGAUUUAUUUUUCCUCGUGUUUCAUACGUAUCAAGAUCUUUUAUGUUCGAAUGAUAACACGCGGUGUAAUAUUACUAAUUUACUUUAUUAAGAGUCACCUGCACUAACUUGUAACGCAAUAACUCGAUUAACGGACCUCUUUCUAGAUUUUAAAGCUAAUUAUGCCUAGAUGAGAGGAGAAGGAACACUCGUUCAAUCACACUCUGAUCUACGUUGGUGCAAUCGGCUCUGAAUAGCUAUAAUUUUACUUGUCGAUUCUAAUCCCAAGUAUUAAAUCUUCGGGAGUAGAAAAGAAGGAAUUCCGACGAGAUUCGUACGCAUCACUUAGGCGCUAGACACAGGUCGGGCUAAUUUGUGUCCAAAAACCGAGCCAGUCUCAGAACCACCGUCCCUUCCCUUCUCGCCUCGCGCCACCGUCGGGAACGAGCCGGGCAAAAAAAAAAGGAAUGAUCCUUCCGUUUCUCGAGAAGCUGUCCUCACUAUUUUUCACGAGAAAUUUCGUCCUCGACUCUACCUAGCCGUCCGCGCUGCUCCACGCGACUGGAGAGACAUUCGCGUCAGAGAUAUAUAUCGGAACGUAUAAAUCUGUAUAUUGUAAAGAUCAUUGUAAUUCGGCGAUUGUGCAUAAUUAUCGACUUACUUAAUAGCUACGUUAUAUUAAACGAUUCGAUAAGAUCUUUAGAGGCAGUAAAAUCGUUCCAGCGAUAAGAUCUGUGCAGUUUCUUAUAUUACAGUUGAAACUUUUCUGCUUAUCUCUGUCAUUGAUGUUCGAAAAGAUCACGAUAAUAAGGCACAAUUUCCGAAGUCGUUAAAAAAUUGACGAAUGUCCAGUCGUGGAAGCGCACACCUUCGAUAACAUUUGCCAAAAAUAAUUCUGUCCUUUCGAGGGACCGACACGGUCUUUCUGUACAUUUACGUCCUUCACAAAGUUCCUCCACGUCGUAAAUGGUUGCGCUAUCUCACCGUUAAUUGUCCUGAAUCCUCUUUCAGAAAAGGAAUCCUUGCUCUUUCAUUAUUCGUGUAUUAUAAUUAUCGACCGGCGUUUCAAGUUAAUAAUUCAUACAUCAUAAUGAUUUUUCUGCCUGUCUUUCGAACAUUAUUUAAACCGCUUUUUUUUCUGAAAAGGAUCCCGAGGAGUACGCAACCGAAUUAUUCGUCACGUUCGUGUUUAAGAUUAUUAAGCUAAAGAAAGAGAAGAAGAAACACAGAGCGAGAUUGAGACAGCCGAAGUUAAGAAGGAGAGGGUACAUCGUGAACAAUAAUAUCAGGAUCUGUCCGCCGAGGAUUGGUAAAAUAAAUAGGAAUCGGGACGGCGGACAGAUUUGCUCAAGGCUUCCACAAAAGCUCUCAUUGCGUCCCGCCCGGUGAGCUUCCCGACGGUGGUGCGUUUAGAUCACGAUACGUGAGACUAGACGUAUAAAAAGAAAAGAGAGAGAGAGAGAGAGAGAGAAGAAUGGGACUCGACUAACGAGUCCGAUUAGCUGUAACGGCGUAGGCUAAGGAAUUAACUGACUGUGUAAUGUAUGCUGGAAUUAUUAUCUCUAGGAGAAUUUCGAAGGAAGAGCUCUCGAUGUAACGAUGCGCGUGUAAAAACGUCUUGACAAACGUGCUGCGCUGUAACCCGGGUCCAUGUUGCAUUUACGCGAGAUAUUUUUGCAAACUUCGCCAUUCGGAGAUUCGUAUUUCCUGGCAAUAAUUUUGUGAGAUGCGAAACUGAACGACACUAUCGUAUGAUAUAUUUUGCGGUAUGCAUUCCGUAUCUUUUUACUGUAUAUAGCCAGUAAAAAGACAUCAUUUUUAAUAUAUAAGAUUAUGCGGCACUACAAAUUACUUCUUUAAAUCGUGAAAUACGUUUUUCGAGAUUUCUAGAUAUUAACAAAUGAUUGCGGUUUGACGCGACGUUUCGAUUGCGAUUUUAAUCAUUGAGAAAUCUAUAAGUUUCAUCAAAGGAUUGUACCGAUUUUUUAACUAUUUUACGAGAUCAAUCAUGGCAUUAAAUAUUAAUUGCAUUCUAGUGUGGGAUAUGCGUGUAGCUUAACUAAUUUGAUAUUUCGUGGGAGAUAAGUUAAUUGCGAUUUAUAAUAUCAAUUAUGCAACGUUCAUGGAGACUUUUAUAUAAUAAUUCUUUAACUCAACGUGUAGAUUUGGUAUUGAAUCAUUGUAUUGGCCCGAGGGGCGGAUUUGGUGAAUUUAAAUGAUAAAAAAGAAGAGAGAAAGAUCUUUGUAACGAAAUUUGAAGCAUGGACCCAGAACAUUUGUACAUAUUGUAAAUGCACUCUCUAGCGUUACGGCAUUAAUAUAAUACAUUUGUCUAAAAUCGUACCAACAUCGCGGAGAUUAGCACGAACGAUUUAUACAUACACAUAUUAUAUACGAACGUGUCAACGAGCGUAUUAUAUUUUCUCCGUAGUUACAAUAGAAACGUUAAACGUUAACAUAGGAAUGAUCCCGGAACCAGAACCGACCAUUGUAGCAACCUCGUGAUUUUUUUUAUCUAUUGAGAGUUAAUCGGUGCAGAGAUGCCAGUCAUUUUAAAUUAGCUCGGAAGUAGCUGUUAAGUAGAUGUUCAGUGAUAUUAUUUGCAAAAGUAUCUUUGAAAAUGGAAAGGAGGCAAAAAAAGAAAAGGGAGAAAGAACAAGAUGCGUAUUCAAGCCACACUCGUGGUACCUGGAGCUGUCGUUAUUAAACAAUGGUACGCUAUACGUAGUAGAGAUUCUUUUUGUAACAUAAAGUGAAAUAUAAUCAUUUGUAACAGGACU